CGUCCCUACUCCAUCUCUGAGUGGAUCGGACGGUUAACUUGAGGUUGUCUCGCACCUUGAUCCAUCCCAGCCGUUGGUUUCCAUAUAGGACGGGGGAAAUGGCUCCGUGAGCGGCUUCAGUUCUUUCGCUGCGGAGAUGGCAGCGGCGGCGGGGGCGGGGCCGUACGAGGAGAUGCUGCAAGUGGUGGAGACGUGCGCAGCCCGGAUCCGGUGGCGCCUCCGCCCAGCUUCCAAGCGCCGCCUCCUCAACGAUAUCCUGUUUCUCUGCACCGGUUUGCGGCCUGUGGUUCUGGUUGACUAUGGUGGCACAAUGCCUCAGCUACAAGAAAACCUCUGUAGCCUGUUGCGUCAUGCCCGGCAGGAAACAAGCAUAUUGAAUCCACUCCGGGUGAUGAUUAUUGGAGAUAUGAUUUACUUGAUCCAUGUUAAAGGACUUGCUGAACAUGCAUCACCAAAUGCAAGGUCGCAGCAACGGCUAGCUUUCGUGGACCUAGAGAAAAGCUGUUGCAGUCUGCUUACAACCAUAGAAGACAAUGACACUGUGCUGGAGCUUGUAUCUAUACAAGAUCAAUUCGCAGCCAAAUUCCCUGUAGAUCUGUCUGUUGUUGGACCUGGAAUAACAAAGCAAAUGUCAGGAAUUCCACAGAGUACUAUUGAUGCAGAGUGCACCGACAAUCACGUUGAGGACAGGACCUUAUUGGUCGUUGAUCUGAGUACCUUCCUUGAGAACACACAAAUUGCCUUGCCUUCUCUGAAUGGGUGGCUUUUAGGUUAUCCAGUAACGUAUUUGGUCCGCAAUGCAACUUUUGGGGCAGGCGUACAGAAUAUCUCAAGGCACUCUCUGCAUAUCUACCGAGUAUAUGUGCGCAGAAGUUAUCGGUCAGUUGGCAAACAGUCAGAAGAGGAACUGAUGAGUUUUUCAGUUCCUUGUGGCGCGAGCACGAAGCGUGAUGAAGAAGUAUGGGCCAAAUCGUUUAUAGCUCGCAUGAAUGAGAAGCUCAGGCGAUGCAACCAUGUCUGGGCAUCCAUAAGGCUAGAGGUCGAGGUUUUCCAGAGCCAGUCUCAGGUAAUCGUGUUGUAGUUGAGGUCAGUAUGCCUUUUACGGGCUGACGACAUGAACUCGUAAUACAAUGGACCAGCAACGUAUCUCAGAAGUAUUGCUGCCCUGGGCCAUGACCAUGAGCACAAAUUGCUGCAGCUAUCGGGUACAAAUAAACGAAUAGGAUGAUACAUGCAGGUCAUUGACAUGGACGUGGAGUCAAGCCCAGCAUCGAGUCGGAGACUUGGAAGCAAGAGACUGAAGAAGCCCAAUACUCGAGUCACCGGCCCAGAAUGGAGUAAGUAGUUAGAGCCCAGCUGCGUCUGGAGACUGCUGUACCCAACAGCUGUAAUCGCUAUAUCAGAGAGGGUGAGAUAAACAAACUCAUUAGACUUGUCUUAUUUUCAGAAAGAAAAAGAGAAAAAUAUACUCAGACUUGUCUUGGUUGUUGCCGGCGGCCUGCGGCUCAGAGUUCGCCGGCGGCGACCAUUACCAUCGUUGCUGUAAACACUACUCAGAUAUUCCCGUUCUAAAUACAGUCCUGGAUCCGGUAUGGUAA